AUGCCGCGGGGCCCGGAGGAGCCGGUGCAGGUGUGGGUGGGCGGCCAGCUCUUCCAGGCCGACCAGGCCCUGCUGGUGGAGCACUGCGGCUUUUUCCGCGGCCUCUUCCGCUCUGGCAUGCGGGAGGCGCGCGCGGCAGAGGUGCGCCUGGGCGUGCUGAGCGCGGGCGGCUUCCGCACCACGCUGCAGGUGCUGCGCGGCGAGCGGCCGGCGCUGGCGGCCGCCGAGGAGCUGCUGCAGGCCGUGGAGUGCGCCGCCUUCCUGCAGGCGCCGGCGCUGGCGCGCUUCCUGGAGCACAGCCUCACGUCGGAGAACUGCGCGCUGCUGUGUGACGCGGCCGCCGCCUUCGGCCUGCGAGACGUGCUCCACAGCGCGGCGCUCUUCAUCCGCGACGGCGGGCGCGAGCUGGCGGCCGAGCUGGCGCUGCCCGAGGCCCGCGCCUACGUGGCGGCGCAGCGGCCCAGCAGCUACGUGGCCGUGAGCACGCACGCGCCGGCGCCUGGCUUCCUGGAGGACGCGUCGCGCACCAUGUGCUACCUGGACGAGGAGGAGGACGCGUGGCGCACGCUGGCCCCGCUGCCCCUAGAGGCCAGCACGCUGCUGGCAGGCGUGGCCACGCUGGGCAACAAGCUCUACAUCGUGGGCGGCGUGCGUGGCGCCAACAAGGAGGUGGUGGAGCUGGGCUUCUGCUACGACCCCGACGGCGGCACGUGGCGCGAGUUCCCCAGCCCACACCAGCCGCGCUACGACACGGCGCUGGCGGGCUUCGACGGCUGCCUCUACGCCGUCGGCGGCGAGUUCCAGAGGACGCCCAUGAGCUCCGUGGAGCGCUACGACCCGGCCGCGGGCUGCUGGAGCUUCGUGGCCGACCUGCCGCAGCCGGCCGCCGGUCCGCCCUGCGCCCAUGCGUGUGGCCGCCUCUUCGUGUGCCUGUGGCGGCCGGCGGACACCACCUCCGUGGUGGAGUACGUGGCGCGCGGUGACUUGUGGCUGCCGGUGGCCGAGCUGCGGCGUCCGCAGAGCUACGGCCACUGCAUGGUGGCCCACCGCGACAGUCUCUACGUGGUGAGAAACGGGCCUUCCGACGACUUCCUGCACUGUGCCAUCGACUGCCUCAACCUCACCACAGGUCAGUGGACGGCGCUGCCCGGCCAGUUCGUCAACAGCAAGGGAGCGCUCUUCACGGCCGUGGUACGCGGCGACACCGUCUAUACGGUCAACCGCAUGUUCACAUUGCUCUACGCCAUCGAGGGCGGCACCUGGCGACUGCUUAGGGAGAAGGUCGGCUUCCCACGGCCUGGAUCCUUGCAGACCUUUCUCCUCAGGCUGCCACCUGGCACUCCAGGGCCUGUGGCCUCACCGUUGCCAGAACUGUGA